AUGACUACACAAAUGAAUGGAACAAAAUCAGAUGUACCACAUUUUAAUUUAACAAUUAAUGGGAUUGAUGAUUAUAAAACUAUUUAUCAGCUAAUAUCAUUAAUAUUUCCGGACUAUGAACAAAAGUAUAUCGUUACAAAGAUAUUGAACAAUGGUUUCUCAAAUACACUACUUAAAAUUGACUAUAAUCAGCCAGAUUCUUGUACUACUCCUUCUCAUUCACAACAGACGACAGCCUCAUUUCUUAUAUGCAUUCAUGGUGACUUGACAAGUAGUCUAAUAGAUAGAAGUAAUGAAAUCAAAUACAUGAAAACAAUAAAACACCUUGAAAAUUAUCGAAAGUUGUAUGGCUUAUUUAAUAAUGGUUCGGUGUAUUCAUUUAUACAAGGCUGUGAUAUUUCGUCAGAAAAUCUAUCCAAUUUAAAGUAUAGCAGUUUAAUUGCAGAGAAACUAGCUGAAUUGCACUGUUUACCUAUAGAUGAAUUCAAAUCGCCUAACGAACUAUACGGAGCAGAGGUAGAACCAAGAAUAUUUUCAAGAAUACUACAAUGGAUAAACAGAUUACAAGAUGAUUUUAUAAACUCAUCAAGAAAAUCACAGAACUAUGAAUCGAUUUUUCCAAGUAAAGCUUAUGCUUUGAAUGAGAUGUACAAAAUAAAACAGCAGUAUAUUGCAAAUCCUAUAUCCAAGAUAGUCUUAUGUCAUAAUGAUUUGAAUGCAGCAAAUAUUAUACUAGCACCAGAUGAAAAUUCAAUUCAUCUAAUAGAUAUGGAGUAUUGUGAUUUAAAUUAUGCAGCAUUUGAUAUUGGUAAUCAUUUCUGUGAAUUUACAGGACCAUAUGCUUUGGAAUUUGAUAAAUAUCCAUCCCUUGAGUUUCAGAAAAGAUGGAUGAAAGUGUAUUUAUCAGCUUAUCGUGAAUAUUUUAGACGUAAAUCAAAUCUAAAACAUAAUGACGAUGAUGAUGCUGAAUUGAGUGUGUAUACUGAAGAUUGCUUAGAAAUAUGGCUUAAAGAAGUAAAUUGUUUUGCUUUGGUAAGAUAUAUUAUCAAGUUAUUUAUUCUAGUUUCCUUGUUUUGACUACAUGGAGAAAUAGACUGACGAUAAAUAUUCUGUAUAUCGAAUGGCAGUUGAUAUAGUUCAUUGUGAAAACUGGAAUUUAUACAGAUGAACUGUUAAAUUCUAUAUCUGACUGAGAGUUCAGACGGUCUUGAACAUAUUUUGGUAUGAAGUUAUAUGUAAACACUACUGAAAAGUCCUGAACUAGACGAAAAUGUCUGUUAUAUGCUCCUUGUUUUUCGAUGUUCAUUUAAUAUUGAUGUCAACUUCAUAUAAAUACUGUUUCAUUCUUUUGAGUUCCGGGUGCGACAUAUAACUUCUAGUUUGAGCUAUGAAGCGGUGGUGUUUAUUUCUUACGAGGUGAGGUUCCUGGACUCACACCCAACCUUCCUACAGUACCGGACUUACUACUAUCUGAGCGAGAUUUAGAAGUGCGUCGACCGGAAAUCAAACCCUCGACCACGUCAGCUAUGGUUGAUGAGUAUUCUGCCACCGAGUCGCCUACACCAGAAGUGGUAAUUGAUGAAAUUCUGAACCUUAUCCUGAGGUGUUGAGCCAGUAUGGAGAGUGAAAUAAAUCAAAUUACUCUUUCACAUUUACUCUAUGAUGGUAAAUGAAUUUGAAAAACAAAGCCUGAACCACAACUACUUGGAAAUAAGUGGACACUAUAAUCAAAUACCUUUGUGGUCUACUCCAAGUGAUAUUCACAACCAAUCAGCAUCUAACUCGAUAAUAGGACAUUAUCAGUUUGAGGUUUCACAAUACCUACUAAUAUAACUGAGAAUUAAAAUAAAACUGGAUUUUGGGUUCAGUGGGCAACUCGACUGAGAACCGGAACGACGAUUAUCAUGCAAUGCCUACACCUGCACUCAGCUGAGAAAAAACCACAAAGUAAAACUGUUCAGAACCAAGAAGACUGACAGCUUUUUUAGACAAAAGAUGAAUUACGAAUGCUCGUAAAAUUGUACCUGUAUUAGUGGUUAUAUAACUAAUUUUAUUGGUGAAAAGUUGUCCAAUCAACUUCCCACAAAAUCUUAUGCUUCAACAGCCAAUGGCUUAAGUUGUCGAUUCUAGUCGAAGACGGUUUAAACCCGCAAAAUAUAUGUCUAUUUAAAGGUUAAGCCAAAUCAGGGUUAAACAACAUUUACAAAAUCUGGGUAAAAGGUUAAAUACAUCCAAGAGAUGGUAUUGUAACAAAAGAAGACAAGGGUCAAGUAACAGAUCGUUUAUUAAGAAAAUCAAGAGAUAUUUAUAGACUUUAUGUACAUUAUUAUUAGCGUUGUUAGCAGAGAAGCAACGCCUUCUGAUUGGUUGUUUUCUUGCUGAAGGUUAUUUUGUACCGCUUGUGACCGUUUCUUACAAGUUAUCCAUAUAUCUGCGAAUCGUAUUUGCACACGUUAAGUUUGCUGUGAUUGGUUGUUGAGUUACUCAAGGUUAGGCGUUGUUAUUGUUUUUUUCUCAUGACCACGAUUCGGGAAGUGAAUUGUUGUCUGCAAUUUUGGCUUGCAGACAGCUCUCACCACAGUAUUACUGGAUAUUAUUCAUUUCUCAUUUCUAUCAAUAAAGUGACAUUUUCGCUUUUUCCACUCUUACAAAAGUAAAAUCAAUUGAAAUUUAUUGUUCAAAUUACUUUGAAGCAUUUUUACCAUAGAUUAAAAACUUCCACAUAAUAAUAAUAAUAUUAUUAUUAUCAUUAUUGUUAAAACACAAGCUUAGUACAUUACGGGCACCAACAUGCAUCACACAAAAUCUCGUACUCUGUCUGUUGGGGCUGUGAUACUACCCGGAUGCCCAGAGAAAAGUAGAUUUAUUUUGUUUUUUAUUUUGAUUACAGCUUGAUUCCACACCGUAUUUUCAGUACAAGUAUGGAAUUUUCAGCAUGGAUAUCCGUAGCCCAAAUUCUGCAGGCUGACCAUAGAUAUCGGGUGUGCGCCGGCAGGGGAUCGAACUCCGGACCAUGUGCAUGGUCGGCAAGAGUCCUAACCACUGUGCCACCGACGCCUUGAGAGGACAAUCUUCCUGGUGAAACUUUGACUUGAAAUUUGAUCCACAAGUCAAUGGAGCAACGUCAGGAGCUACGUUCCUAUGGUUCCAGAUGAUCAAAACAGGUUCAUACGCCACUCGGUCCUUUCGGAUUCUAGAGCACACAUACACCAUGGAUUCGGAAUCAGGGUUAACCAGCUACCCUUGGUAGACCAGUGUAUUCACUAGUCUAGAUGUAGGUGAGUUACGUUCGCAUUCACCACCGCGUGAAUAGGACUCACCUGGCGACACGGGCUAUGAAUUCGUGUAGGACACAUAAGGGCAUUUCAAGAGGAACACAGAAGUCUAACCACCCUCGGCUGUAUCAGGUCGAAUGAUGUGAGAAAGAUCCAGAAAUAUAUUAACCUAUCAUCUAAUGAAUAAGAAAUACACGCUUGUUUCCUUUUUCCUUCACUUUUAGCUUUCUAAUUUAUUUUGGGCUAUCUGGGCAGUGAUUUGUGCAGCAGAGAAUUUAACCUCAAUGGACUAUUUAGCAUAUGCAGCAGCACGAAUGAAACAAUAUCAUCAUAUGAAGAAAUGGUUAGAGACAACAUUUCAGCUACCGAUAGACAACACGUAACUUUACUUGAAUAUUUCGUAUAACAAGAAAAUACAAUUUCCCUGUUUUAAAUAUAUUUUAAAACUAGUAGAAAUUCUGUUUGGAUAUUUGUAAAAUAAAUAUAACAGUUGAAAAUUGAUGACAUUAUAGGGAUUUGGUAAAUUUCAGCGGUGAGAUUUAUUCCCCAUAUAACGGGUUCGACAAAAAAGAGAAAAGUGAGUACUGACCAGAUCGAAGUAACCUAAACACCCACUACUGCCCUUUCGCCUGUUUGGGAACGAUCUUAUCAACGGUGUUUAGAUUACUACGAUUUAGUCAGCAACUACUACUAAUGGUUGACGUGAAAGAUGUCCAGUUACUCAUAUCAAUUAAUCAGUAGUAUAUAGUAUCACGCUAAAAAUUAUAUAGACAAAACGCACAAGUUACCUGUAAAUCUGGAACACUGAAUUUAUCUGUGUAAGAUACCGCAAUAAAUAAUGCUUAACAGUAGUGAUUAAACACAAGCUUCUAAUGAUGAGGUAUCUAGGAUAAUUAUCACCUAAAAGUAGACCUGUAUCAAAAUGGAGAAUGGGCAAAUACUUGGAUGGUAAAAACGGACUAGAAUAUACAAAAACAAAAAGUUAUACUGCUUAUUAGGAAUGCAGAGUUGAACAUGGAAGGUGAACCCUCGUAACAGAUCAGUUAGCCGGUUAAGAAAAGAACUAACACAUAUGACGAUAAUAAUGUCCUUAUUCCAAGUUAUGAUUUUUUUUAUCGUAGUAAUUCUCUUCUCUGGCACUUAUCUUUACACAAACGCCAUACGCUGAAUAUGGUGCGGUUGAAUUCUUAUGAUUAGUCCUAUAAGCAUGAAUUCUUCUGAAAUUUCUUCCGGUUUUAUUUGAAAAGACGCGAGAAGGCAGUCGCGAAUAAAAAGUAGGUUUAGCAUGAAACGAAAUGACUUUAGCCUAUUGCUUGCAAGAAUUAUCAACAACAGUAUCAGAUACUUGAGUGAAAGCUCCAUACAUCACUAAUUCUGCCUACAGUCAUCAAAGUCCUGCGAAAUAUAAGAUAGUCACAACUGUUAGAUUUUCACCACGAACCAACAUCAAUUAAAGAGAUCAUUGAAAACCAGGGAGCACUGAACAACUGUUUCGUUCUAUUUUGGAAUUCUUCAUCAGUUUGAACCUACGACUUAACCACAGAUCGAACCCUGGACCUUCAGGUUACGUGACCAAGCUUGUGACUGUUGAGCAUCUUAGGCUGGAAUCCAAUGACCCCUGAAUCCUAAUUUCGUCAAUUCGUGAUACAGCACUGUACUCACCAACGUCUUCAGUGGGCAUCCACUUUACCUUAACACGGUGGACCCCACUUUUCACUAUAUUUAGUCUGUUUUGAGAAGCCUGAGGAAGAACAAUAAAGAGGGAAUGUAUAGAAUACAUGAAUUGUAAGAGAACCGGUUGAGUUAUAUUAGAAAGUCUCAAUUUUCUUAUUUAAUAAGUCAAACGAAAGAUUUUCUGAGAAAUCAACGAGAUAGAAAAUGACCAACAAAGAUUUGAAGAGAAACUGAUAGUGUGAUAGGUAAUAUUCGAUUUAUAUCCUAUUACAAGAAACAUGGAAAAUCUUGUAGUGUUAUUCUGGAAACCUUGUAAUUAUUUCAAAUAAUUUCUUCCUCCACUUUUAUGUGCGCUUCUUCGAAGGAAAGCACAACUUCAAAAUCAGGUAGUCUUCUGUUACUUUCUAUACUGAUUAGUCAAUGAUACACACAAAGAAUAAUUGACAUUUUUUGCAGACGACUUCUUCUAAUUGACCAAAUCAUGUUCUUCUAUUUAAAGUAUCCAUAGGAGAAUGUGAAGCAACAUAAAAUCAGAUAAACGGAUUCUAGAUCCAAUCACCUAGUCAGAUGAAAUAAUAGCGAACUGACUUCAGUUAGAGGACCAUUGAAAUCCAGGAAGUACUUGACAGCUCUUUGGGACUCUUCAGCACUACACACUCAUGACUGCACCCAGCACGUGUCGAACCCAGGACCUGCAGGUUACAGGGAGAACUUGUAUACCGUUCAAACACUGGGAUGGAGUCCAGUCACCCAUCAGUUCUAACUACUGUCAAUUUGUGAUAUACCGCAACCACCAGCCAUUUUUAUAGGUGAGCAUCUGUUCUCACGCCCAACUUUUUGUGGAGCCCACUGAUCACGACUUCUCACCAGAAGUUCAGGAAAUUCGUCAUUAAAAUUGAAAUCAGUCAAAUCCCUGCAAAACUAACACUUGAAAAAUAAUAUUGAGUAGUCAAUUGCUGAAUAUCUUCAAAUAUCCUCUUUUAGUUUACUUUUAAUGUGCUCUGAAGUUUCAGUGAUGGUGAUAGGGUUGUUUUCCUACGGUUUUGGGUUGACAUAACCAAGCCCGACAUUCCCUCUUUUACAAACUUACGACAGACUACUUAUACUUCUCAUAAGUAGCUCAGAAAGACGACUGAAUUCUUAAUCAUUAAUACGUACUUUCCUUUGGAAAUUCAAAUACGCUUAUCAAUUUACAGAAAUAAUACCUCAAAUGAACGUUUAUAUAACUAUUACUACAGCAGAUGACAGUCGAAUGUUCAUUGAUUAAUGCUAUGCAUCCCAGGGAACAACAAGAUAUUCACUUAAAAUCAGUGAUUAUUUUCAUGUAGACUUUUAUGAAAUAGGAUAAAGAAGACCGAGGAUUCAUGAGUUCAUCGACAAGUAGUAUCGAUUGUAGAGAAUACUUUACACCUGCUUAUUUCAAAUUAUUAGUAAAUGACUUUUAUUGAAACUUUAACAUCUUCUUGGAUAUCAAUCAUAAGAGAAUGACUGCCCCUAAACUGAUUGUUCGAUAUGUGUAAAUUACGAAUUUAAUUUACAAAUUGAGAAUUUGACUUAUUAUAUCACAAGUUCGCUCAAGUAGCUAGUCAGAACCAAUUAAGCUUUGCAAAGGGUGAGUUAAACUGGCUGCACUGGUGACUGGGGGAGGGGUCGACCCCAAAUAACCGAAACGGACGUCCGAGGUCUAGAUAUCACUUCCAUCUGGCUGAUUAGCAAGCACUACACGUCGAUGUGAGCAGUGUACACAACUAAUUGUCCAUCUCAAUCAAUCAGUAGUGUACAGUUUUAAGGUCCUGGAUUGUUGUUUAGACUGUUAAUGAAUAAGCUAACCGUGCUCAAAUCACAUUUCGGAGAACAAGAAUGUAUUUACCAACAUCACUUAUUCAUUUCUCCAAAACCAAAGUAAAACAACACAAAAGGCUAUAAACAAAAACUUGAUUGUAAAAAAGAUGAGAAUUAAGUAUGCAUUUUACACUUAAACAAACACUGAUGUAUGAAGGAACUGAGUUCCACCCCUUCCCACCCACAUCAUCUACCCA